AUGCCGUCGUACCAAUUGCGAAAGUCGCCGACACCAUCAAAGAGGAGAGCGGAGUCUGAAGAGGCGGAGCAAACAAUGCAAGCGGUGAAGAGGCAGCGUUUGUCGCCAGUACCGACGGGAAAGGAGGAGAUCGUGUUGAACGCGGAAGAGAGGAAGGGGAAGACACCACAAACGAAGCGCAGCAGGCCUGCGAAGAGGCGAACGCGCAAAGACUCUGGCACUGUAUUGCCUACGACAGACCUUCAAGUCACUCCACCUACCGCUGAGCAAGGUAGUCUGCCAGCGACCACAUCCGAUACCGCUCUGCCUACCAUUGAGCAAGGCAGUCUGGUAUCUUCCAAACCGACUCCGCAAACCAUACCUAUGCCGCAGAAGAAGCCUCUGCUAAGGAGGCCCUCCAAAGUCAGCACUCCUUCAGCUCCUCCCGCCAGGACCGACAAUUCUCAUUCAAACCCCACGAUCCGACCCUCCACCCACCGCCCAUCAAUCGACAUCCACAAAACUCGCGCAGCAGCCAGCUCCCGUGGCCCUCAACUCACGCCGAACGGCCUCGGUAUCGAUCUAAGCCCAGGCAGCCUCUCGUCUCCCGAGACGCCAGAUGCGCUGCAGAACCUACCUCCACUGAUUGGCGGUAUUCCCUCCCCGACCAAACACAUAACCUACCUUGAGAAACGUAUCCGCCGUGGGAAAUCUCCGCCCUGCUACUGGCCUUUCGACAUCGUGUCGGGAGGUAAACCGCCCAAUCUCGGACCGGAGGAGGAGAAGUUUUGGAUGGAGAGGGCAGGAUACCAGGCGUUGCAUACGAAGACGUUUGUGACGUGUGGAUUGCCGGAUCGGUACGGGAAGAUGUGGAGGUGUCCGAGGGUUUUGGUGGAAGGGUGGGGGGAGGUCGGAUGGAAGAGCGAAAGGAGGAGGGGGAGGGACGGUGUGGGGAGGAGAGAAGGGAAGGUUGUGAGCCCGAGGACGUUUCCGAAUAUGGACCAGCAGACGGAGGAGGAGUAUCGGGCUUUUGAGAGGGAUGUGGAGGUGCUGCUGAAGGCUCUCGAAGGUGGAAAGUGA